CUGUAAAAUAAAACAUUACUAUAAGUCAAACACGUGUUACACGUGUUGUUUGUUUAUACAGUAUUAUUCGUUAGAAAUACUGUAUUUAUUUUUUUUAAUUAAUUAUUAUUAAAAUUAUUAAUUAAGAGAUAAUAUGGACAGCGAAGCCAAGACAUCGUCGUCGUCGAAGAAGAAGCACAGGUCGUCCAAGACUUUAGGGGACAUUCAACGCGAAGAAGAUUUCCAUUUGAAGCCGACCGCUGGCGAACCCAGUCUUAGUGCCCAACAAUGGCCGCUACUGUUGAAGAAUUACGAUCGACUGAACGUCCGGACCAAUCACUUCACUCCGCUAUCGUUUGGCUGUUCGCCAUAUAAACGCGAUCUACGGGAAUAUUUGCGAUCGGGUUUCCUUAAUCUGGACAAACCAUCCAAUCCGUCAUCGCAUGAAGUCGUUGCCUGGAUUAAGCGUAUACUUCGGGUUGAGAAAACUGGUCACAGCGGUACACUUGAUCCGAAAGUUAGCGGCUGUUUGAUUGUCUGCAUCGAAAGGGCUACCCGUUUGGUGAAAUCGCAGCAAAACGCCGGCAAAGAGUAUGUCUGUAUAUUUCGUUUGCAUAGCGCUGUCGAUAGCGAACAAACUGUACUGAAAGCCAUCGAAACCCUAACCGGAGCUCUGUUUCAACGACCGCCGUUGAUAUCGGCUGUUAAGCGACAGUUGAGAGUACGUACGAUAUAUGAGAGCAAACUUCUUGAGUAUAACAAAGACAAGAAUCUGGGUAUUCUGUGGGUUAGCUGCGAGGCCGGGACUUAUGUCCGGACAUUGUGUGUCCAUUUAGGAUUGGUGUUGGGCGUCGGCGGACAGAUGCAAGAACUCAGGCGAGUUCGGUCGGGUAUACAGUCGGAAAUGGACGGUUUGGUUACAAUGCACGACAUACUCGAUGCCCAAUGGCUGUACGAUAAUCAUAAGGACGAGGCGUAUUUGAGACGUAUUGUUAAACCACUUGAGGCACUGCUGACCGGCCAUAAACGUAUAGUUAUGAAGGACAGUGCGGUGAAUGCUGUCUGCUAUGGAGCCAAAGUAAUGCUACCGGGAGUACUCAAGUACGACAAUAAUAUCGAAAUCAACGAUGAAAUUGUUAUUAUGACCACUAAAGGAGAGGCCAUAUGUAUAGCUAUUGCAUUGAUGACCACAUCGACGAUUGCCAGUUGCGAUCACGGAGUUGUGGCCAAAAUUAAACGGGUAGUCAUGGAAAGGGAUACCUAUCCCAGAAAGUGGGGUUUGGGACCAACUGCAACAUUGAAGAAGAAGCUUAUCAAACAAGGAAUGCUAUCCGAAAAAGGAAAACCCAAUGAUAAGACACCGAAGGAUUGGUAUCUUAAAUAUCAAGAUUACAGUCAAUCAUCAGCCAAUGGUUCAACAGUGAAGACUGAAAUUAAAGAUGAAGUAAAAGAUGAAGUAAAAGAAGAAGAAGUGGCGGACACUGAAGUCGCUGCCAAUGAAGAAGAAGAAGAAGUGGAGCCACAAUCGGAAACUAAGAAAAAGAAGAAGAAGAAGAAGAAAGAAAAGGAUUUAGAAGAUGACGAUUGAAUUUUGUCAUUAAAUGUCAUUUUGAAAUGAAUUAUUAUUAUUAUUAUUAUUAUUGAACCCAUUUUUAUAUAUACAGUAUAUAAUAUAGUCA